AUGAAAAUCUCCAACAAUUCCAGCACCAUCACUGGAUUCAUCCUCCUAGGCUUCCCUUGCCCCAGGGAGGGGCAGAUACUCCUCUUCCUGCUCUUCGUUUUUGUCUACCUCCUGACCCUCAUGGGCAAUGGUUCCAUCAUCUGUGCUGUGCACUGGGAUCAGAGACUCCACACACCCAUGUACAUCCUGCUCGCCAACUUCUCCUUCCUGGAGAUCUGGUAUGUCACCUCCACUGUCCCCAACAUGCUGGCCAACUUCCUCUCUGACACCAAGGUCAUCUCCUUCUCAGGGUGCUUUCUCCAAUUUUACUUCUUCUUCUCCUUGGGCUCUACAGAGUGCUUUUUCUUGGCUGUUAUGGCAUUUGAUCGAUACCUUGCCAUCUGCCGGCCUCUGCACUAUCCAACCAUUAUGACUACUCACCUCUGCAACAAUCUUGUGGUUAUCUGCUGGGUACUUGGUUUCAUUUGGUUCUUGGUUCCCAUCAUCAUCAUCUCUCAAAUGUCCUUUUGUGGAUCCAGGAUUAUUGACCACUUCCUGUGUGAUCCAGGCCCUCUUUUAGCACUCACCUGCAUCAGAGCACCUAUAAUAGAGAUGACUAGCUCUACCUUAAGUUCUCUACUUUUGUUUGUUCCCUUUCUCUUCAUCAUGGGGUCCUAUGCUCUGGUUUUAAGAGCUGUAUUCAAAGUUCCUUCAGCAGCUGGACGAAGAAAGGCCUUCUCGACCUGUGGGUCUCAUCUGGCCGUGGUUUCUCUAUUCUAUGGCUCAGUGAUGGUCAUGUAUGUGAGCCCAACAUCCAAGCAUAAAGCUGGAAUGCAGAAAAUUGUGACUUUGUUUUAUUCGGUAGUUACUCCACUCAUUAAUCCUGUGAUCUAUAGUCUAAGAAACAAAGAUAUGAAAAAUGCUAUGAAAAAACUACUGGGAACUUACAAUUAA